UUUAUAUGUGUCCUGACUCACGCUGUUCAUUCGCAUCAACAUUUUGCUUUGAUAUUUUACCUCAGCAUUAAUAAUUAACGUCAGCGUUAUAUAUUUUCCCUCAGGUUUUACUGUGUGAUGUCGAUAAUCGCCUCCACACUGAGAUGUUACUGACGGAUUUUUACAGAGACUGUUUGAUGAGAUGAAUUAAAACUCCAAGCUUGUUGUGUCUGAGGUUUCAAAAGUUACCCUGGAGGUGAGCAGCUUUUGAUCAGAUAACACAUUUUCCCAAGUCUUCUCUUGACCCUGAUGUGUUCACUGCACCUCCAACAACACUUCAAGAUAUGGCCUUUAAAGGAAGUACUAAGAAAACAUUAUCUGGUCAUCGUAAGACAUAUCAUAAAGAAACGAAGAACCGAAAUUACCAGUGCUCAGGUUGUGGGAAGAGAUUUGGUUAUACAAGUCAUCUGAAAAGACAUCAGCGCAUUCACACAGGAGAGAAGCCGUAUCACUGCGCACAGUGUGGAACGAGUUUUUCAAGGGCUGAUGACCUACGAAAACACCAGCACAUUCACACUGGAGAGACACCGUAUUACUGUUCACAGUGUGGGAAAAGUUUUACUGCAGCUAGUUCUCUCCAAACACACCAGCGCAUUCACACAGGAGAGAAGCCGUAUCAGUGCUCACAGUGUGGGAAGAGUUUUACUGUAGGUAGUUCUCUCCAAACACACCAGCGUAUUCACACUGGAGAUAAGCCAUAUCGCUGCUCACAGUGUGGGACGAGUUUUACACAGGCAUCUAACCUGCAAAGGCAUCAGCGCAUUCACACAGGAGAGAAGCCGUAUUACUGUUUACAGUGUGGAAAGAGUUAUACUUCAGCUAGGUCGCUUCAAACACACCAGCACAUUCAUACAGGAGAGAAGCCGUAUUACUGUUCACAGUGUGGGAAGAGUUAUGCUUCAGCUAGGUCUCUUCAAACACACCAGCGCAUUCAUACAGGAGGGAAGCCGUAUUACUGUUCACAGUGUGGGAAGAGUUUUACUGUAGCUAGUUCUCUCCAAAAACACCAGCACAUUCACACAGGAGAGAAGCCAUAUCACUGCUCACAGUGUGGGAGGAGUUUUAGACAUGCAUGUCAAUUCAGAAGACACCAGUGCAUUCACACAGGAGAGAAUCCAUAACACAAUCACAAUAUGGGAUGUGUUGUAUGCACUGUAGUCACUCCUAAAUAUACUGCCUGUCAACAUUUCAUCAGAAGGGUCAAUUUAUUGGGCUGCAUCAAGCUAAGAAAACAACUGAAGAGAUUUGAAAUUACUGGAAAAAGGAUUAAGAAGCGAUAAAGAAAUCUAAAUACUUGGAAGGAUAGUGCUGAACCAUCAACUUUUUGGAAGAAAUAUCGGAAAAAAUUCAUGAAUUGAGACCACAUAAACACUUUAUAAAGUUACAUGGCAAAAACAAUCAACAACAACAAAAAAAGGUAUGUUUAAUAGUGGAAGGAAAGAAAGCAUUUCCAUACACAUAAUGUGAUGACAACUCACAGGAUUGGGACUAAACAGCUGUGUCUCCAUAAGAAAACCACUUGAUAGUGAGAACCAUCAGAAAGACUUGAAUUUGCUGGGGAUCAUUAAGAUUUGACAUUGGAGCAAUAGAAAAAGGUCAUGUGGCCUGAUAAUUACAAAUUGAUAAUUCCAGAGUAAUGGGUGCAUCAGGGUAAGUGAGGAAUCAUGUAAAUUCAAUUAAAUCUCAUUUAUUAGCACUUUUAUACCCCUAUCUCACCUACGCAGUUUAGCACGGUGGCCAUAAGUACGGUUUAUCAUGAUUCACCCGAGUUCUUGGCGCUGUGAGUGCAUUUCUAUCUUUCCACGUGUUUAACAUGUUUAAUUUUUUUGGUGGUCCUUGCGGAAGCUUGCGGUCCUUAAAGAACUUUGCGGAACGACGGCGGGCAAUCGCGGCGACUCACGGUGCCUAACUGCGCAUCUCACCGUGAGUCAAACCGCAUAGAAGAGAUAGGGGUAUUAACAAUGGUAACUGUCUCAAAGCAGCUUCACAAAAAUGAAAAGAAAAUUUAUGGAAGUGUGUAUGUGUGAGAAAAAUGUGUCUAGAUGAUGAAAUUGUCUCCUAUAUAAACCUCUGGAGGCAGUGUUGUACUCUAAAAACUGAACCGCUGGGUCACUAUUGAACACUAUUGAAUACUAAACAUUCCUGUGGUUUUUAUUGACUUUUUGCCACAUAACUUCACAAAGGUUUUGUGAUCUCCAUUUGUUCUGUUUUGUUUGCCAUUGUUUGGGUUAAUCUUUUGCCUAACUGCCAUCUAGUGGUCUCUUUGAGGAACUGCUGAUAAUUUAUAAAACCAGGAAGUGAGUAGCUGAGCACAUGACUGAUGUAUAUGGUUAAAAUUAAAUCCUUUUUUCUUUUUUUUUUUGGUAAUCCUCAAAUCGCAUCAAUCCUUGUUUUUGAAGAAUUUGAAGGGCAAUAGCUGUAAGUUUACCUUUGAGUGAUGUAUAAUUUUGGUAUUAAUGUGUAAAGUUGAUAGAAUGUUGUCAUUUAUAAACAUGAUGUUAUCUUAAGCCUUUUUAUUUCAAAUGUUCAAUAGAAAAAGUCUGUAAAUUAACAGCAGUCUUGUAACCUGAAUUAUGAAUCAUAAUUUAAAUUUAUUUAAACAUGUUUCAGUCAUAUUAUUAAUAAGAUAUUAUACAGUGAAACCUCGGAUUGUGAGUAACGUAGUCUGCGAGUGUUCCGCAAGACGUGCAAAGAUUUUUAAGAAAAAUUUAAGAAAAAGUCUUGGUUUCUUCCCUUUUCGGGUUUUAGUGCGCAUCUCUCACUGAUUUUCCCGACAUUUCCUCAACAAAGGUAAUGGUUCUGCACUAUCCAUCCAAGUAUUGAUAAUUUCUUAACCUUUUUCCAGUAAUGUUAAAUAUCUUUAGUUGUUUUCUGAGUUUCACAGCUGUGAAAACAGAAAAAAAUUAUAUUGGUUGUUUCCAAUUAGGAUUUGUAUUGCGUGUUUUUCCUCUUUUUUUUUUUUCUUUUUUUAGUGUUGAAUUACCAGUUUUGUCUAUGACACUAAAAUCUCUGACCUCAGUCCUGACAGACAUGUGCCUCAAACCCAUCUCUGUCAUCUUCUCACAGACCAAGAUGCUUUCUUAACAAACUGUUUUUCCUCAGUUUUCCUUUUUUUUUUUCUCGGAUUUUCUCCCUAAUUUAGUCGUGUCCAAUUCCUCCCUGUCACUAGGGGGCUUCCACAUUAAGGCUACUAUUACCACUCAGUCCGGAGGGCCAAAAACUAUCACGCGUUUCCUCCAAACCACAUGACGCUAGCCGACUGCAUCUUUUAAAACUGCUCGCUCAUUCACUGUUGGGGGCAGCGUAACACACUCGGAGGACAGUGCUAUCCGCUCCUUCCGCUUGCGUGAGCCGCAGAGCUGCAAUUAAUGUGAGGGCACUAAGUACCUUUCAUCCCUUCCCUCGCCUGCAAGAGGUUACAGCAUCACCCGGUGAUCGAACUUAUUACUUUUUUUACUUUCUGAAAUUGAGACUGUAAGACGUGCACUGUAAACCCGGAUAGUACUACUUACUUUUAAGGAUUAUCCAUGUAGCAAUUAAAACCUGCCAUUUGGUUAUACCAGCUGAAAACGUAUGAGUUUUUAUAAUGAGUAAUGAGGUUUUCAUUUAAACUGACUCAUUAUUAUUUGAGUAUUCAAAGA